UCAUUUUCCCUUCCCUUCCCUCUUCCAUUCCUUCCUUCUCUCCAUUUUCCCAUCUCACCUUCUCGCCUUCGCAACCGAGACAGACUGAGCUUGAAAACGGAGAGUUGCCCCUCCAUUCCUUCACUUCCCUCUUCCAUUUCCAUUUCCUUUUCUUCCUCAAGUAUCUAUAAACGAUGGCUGAUGCUGAGGAUAUCCAGCCACUUGUCUGCGACAAUGGAACCGGAAUGGUGAAGGCUGGAUUUGCCGGUGAUGAUGCUCCCAGGGCAGUGUUUCCAAGUAUUGUUGGCCGACCUCGACACACUGGUGUCAUGGUGGGUAUGGGCCAGAAAGAUGCUUAUGUUGGUGACGAGGCCCAAUCCAAAAGAGGUAUUCUUACCUUGAAAUAUCCCAUUGAGCAUGGUAUUGUCAGCAACUGGGAUGAUAUGGAAAAGAUUUGGCAUCACACAUUCUACAAUGAGCUUCGUGUUGCACCUGAAGAACACCCAGUUCUUCUCACUGAAGCUCCUCUCAAUCCUAAAGCCAACAGAGAAAAGAUGACACAAAUCAUGUUUGAAACUUUUAAUGUACCUGCCAUGUAUGUUGCCAUUCAGGCCGUUCUAUCACUGUAUGCCAGUGGUCGUACAACAGGUAUCGUGCUUGACUCUGGUGAUGGUGUUAGUCAUACUGUGCCAAUCUACGAGGGUUAUGCUCUUCCCCAUGCUAUCCUCCGUCUCGACCUUGCUGGUCGUGAUCUAACUGAUGCUUUGAUGAAGAUUCUCACUGAGAGAGGUUACAUGUUCACAACCACUGCCGAACGGGAAAUUGUCCGUGACAUGAAAGAGAAGCUUGCUUAUGUUGCACUCGACUAUGAGCAGGAACUUGAGACUGCUAAGAGUAGCUCCUCAAUUGAGAAGAACUAUGAACUGCCCGAUGGACAAGUCAUCACAAUUGGAGCUGAGAGAUUCCGUUGCCCCGAAGUUCUUUUCCAGCCAUCCCUCAUUGGAAUGGAAGCUGCUGGAAUCCACGAGACUACCUACAACUCAAUCAUGAAGUGUGAUGUGGAUAUCAGAAAAGAUUUGUAUGGCAACAUUGUUCUCAGUGGUGGUUCUACCAUGUUCCCUGGUAUCGCUGACCGUAUGAGCAAAGAGAUCACAGCUCUUGCUCCCAGCAGCAUGAAAAUCAAGGUCGUUGCACCACCAGAAAGGAAAUACAGUGUCUGGAUUGGAGGAUCCAUCCUUGCAUCGCUCAGUACCUUCCAGCAGAUGUGGAUCUCAAAGGGUGAGUACGACGAAUCUGGCCCAUCCAUCGUCCACAGGAAGUGCUUCUAAGUUCAAUAUGUGGCUUUGAAUGGUGAGUUAUUUCCUUUAGUUGGCUUUUUUUGUGUCAUGUGUAAUGUGAACUCUUUCGGUUGAGCUCAGAUACGGGUCAUGGAAGGAGGGUAUAUUUCUGAGGUCAUUCAUUCGUAUGCCCAUUGCUUUCCCCCCCAUACACCCCUAUGAGUUUGAGAUUCGUAAUACUACUGCGUAUUUACGGGUUAAGAAGUAAUUGAUCCCUCUGGAUGUUUAUGUUGUUGGUGGGCAAAAACAACUUUCCUUCCAAAAUCUUUCCCUUGCCUUGCCUACCUUUGCCAAAUCUGUGCUGCAACCAUGUCUUUUUCUUUAGUAGGAGAUGAUUGUGAUGUUUUUUUCCCUUUUUUCCCCUUUAUCCUUCUCUCUUAUCUCUCCUAUUUCCUAUUUCCUAUUUCCUAUUCCCUAUUCCAAGUUCUCUCUCUCUAUUUUUUUUUUGAAAACAUUAAUGUUAAUAGUUAUUGUAAGACAAAUAUUAGUCAGUUUGCUCCUUGAGGUCAUAAACUUAGCUAUGCAAAAUGAUAUUUUUAUUAUUGGCUUGGAAGCUUUAUAGUGCAUUCAUAUUUA